CAGUGACUUACCAUUUUACAUAUGGCAAAACUGGCAAGAGGCUGUUUGAACUACAAACAUAACAUUCACAUUUAACCUGCUUCAGUGAAGGGACAAGCAUAGCAGCCAGAACAGAUAGAAGAUCCACUCUAUGGAAUAAUGGCAAUAAUUCUUGGGGAAAGAAAGCUCUGGAGGGUCUCUCAUCAGUAUUAAAUAUUUGGCCUGAAAGUGACAUAUGUCACAUAUCAUUGGCCAAAAUGAGCUACAAGGCUCCACUUACCUUCAGAGACUGAGAAGUAAAAUCAUCUCAUAUGAUCAGAAGAUAGUAAAACUAGAAUAUUUGACAAACAAACACACACUUGGGGAAGAAGUAAGAGAAGCUCUAGUUCUCCCAACCACAGGACAGCAAGAGAUUUAACCCAUGAUGGGGCAAGCAGAACCUCAAAAUAAACUAGGAGGCCAGCAUCUGCAGCUGAUCCCUUGGGCCACUGCUGUUUUUUUCAUCUCACUUCUCAGUGCUUGUUUUAUUGCAAAUUGUUUGGUGACUCAUCACAACUUUCUACGCUGCAGUAAAGGCAUGGGAGUGUUCAAGUUACCAGAGUACCACACGAAGCUGAUAUGUACCAGAGAGAUAUCAAAAUUGAAAGGGAGCAGGGGCAGUUGCUGUCCUUUUGGCUGGAGAGCCUUCCAGUCCAACUGCUAUCUUCCUCUUAAUGACAACAAGACCUGGGCUGAGAGUGAAAGGAACUGCACGAGUAUGGGGGCUCACUUGGCCACCAUCAGCACAGAAGCUGAGCUGAACUUUAUUAUUCAAUUUUUGGAUAGACAGUUUUCAUAUUUCCUGGGACUUAUAGAUGAGAACCAUGAAGGCCUGUGGUCGUCGGUGGACAAAACACCAUUUAAACCAGAUAUUUUAUUUCGGCAUGAGGAUGAACCCAACAAUCAGAAAGAAAAUUGUGUUGUCCUUGUUAAUGCUCAAGACAAAUGGGCCUUGAAUGAUUUUCCUUGUAACUUUGAGACAAGAAGGAUUUGUAAGUUACCUGGAACAGCAUUCAACUAAAAACUUCCAAAGGAGUCAUUGUGAUGGGACAGAAAAGAAGAACCAAUUAGAUUCAGGCAGAAUGUACCUGUACCAUUGGAACAGAGAAAACAUGCUGGGAGAGUAGAACAUUUUCAGUUAGGGUAGCCUUAUUUAUUUUUGUUCUGUUCAUUCAAGAUAAUGUGUUUUUGUGUGGUAUGGUGGCGGGACUCAUCUUUACUAUGAGAAUUUGUUUUCAUUAACUUUGCUUUCUUGAUACUAUAUCAGAGCAUUUACUUUUCAACUGGUGUGCAUCAAUUACAUAUUGAACAGAGUGGCUCCAAUGAUGCAGUCUCUUAGUCUUUGUUUUCCUCUACUCAGAUUCUUAGCUUUUAAGAUUCAAACAUGAGGUAUUCCAACUGGUAGUGGUAUGCCUUUUUUUUUUUACUCCAAAUAUGACAAACUCAUUAAAUUUUUAAAAAAUAUUUACUUAUUUGAGAGAGAGAAAGAGAGGAGGAGCAGAGGAAGAGAGAGAAUCUCAAGCAGAUUCCCCACCAAGCACAAGUCCUGACAUGGGAUUGUGAGGCUCAAUCUCACAACCCCGAAGUCAUGACCUGAACUGAAAUCAAGAGUCUAAUGCUCAGCGAAAUGAGCCACUCAGGCUCCCCCUAAUCUAUGUCUUGCAGUCUGAUUAUUUUUCAUUACCUUCAUGGUGACCAGCACAGACCAUCUUUCUUACCUGGGUUAUUACAGUGGACUUCUGACUGGUCUCCCUGUUUCUACCCUCAGCCCCUGUCAAUGUUUCCAAGUCUCACAGCACUUCUCCUAUUCUUCAUAAUUUCUUUAAGGCAGCUGAUAGUAAUUUCAUAAAAAUAAAUGCAAAAUUUAUUAGGACAUUGUGGUAGUCCUAGAAGUUUGAAACACUUACAAAAUUUAAAAACUGGUUUUGUCUUUGAAAAAGAAAGAUGUGUUAAAAAGGCAAACAGGAAAAAAUAUAAAUAAAAGUAUAAGUUAAAUCUU